CAGCAAGAGCUCAGCUGGUUUAUGUGAGCCUAAAUUCAAUAUUUGCAAAAAUUUAAAUAUGUUCUAUUAAAUUAGUUCAGCUAGUGUAGUUUUAUUAACCCGGACAAAGUCUUAACAGGAGCAAUCAGCUGGCCCAGGCUAUGUUCCAUAUUAAGAUUUGGCAUUUUGCCAGUGAAUUUUCCAGAAUGGAAAAAUGCCCUAGAGUUGAAAUAUAUUAUUGGUAAGAAGGCGUGCUCACAGACUUUCACUGUGCAUUUCCCUACUGAUAGAGCUUUGCUCUGUGGUUUCUUUUUUCCCCUGUCAACAAGUUUAAAGACUAAUAUUUAAUGCCAAUGAACAGACUCAUUGCUCUUUAGAAAUGAACUGAAAGGAGAGGACAGAGAAGUCGUAGAGAGCUGCUCUAGAGAAGAAUGGAAUAUAGGAACUUCCUCCUUGGCUUCCUUCUCUGCUGUACUUUGCUCAUAACCAGCUACUCUUACAUGAUAUUUGAGGAAAAGCAGAAUGCCGACAACAGUACGGUAAAUAAUAACAAAAUCAAGUUUCCGGAUCUCCCAUCCAUCUCAAUAGUAGAUUUAACCAAAACAUCCCUGAAGCUCAGCAGGAAUGAGGCUGAGAAAAGGAAAUCUAUGAAGAAGAAGGCACAGCAAAAAAAGCCUCCCCAACCAAGACCUCCACCACCACCCAACUGUGUGCCUACUUGGUCAAGCUGCAAGCCACCAUCUCGUCCCUGCUGCGAUUUUUGUGCCUUCUGUCACUGCCGACUAUUUCAGACAGUCUGCUACUGCCGUAUGGGAAACCCAAACUGCUAAAUAAAAAACCAGGGAUGCCACGGGGACUCCGUGUCUUAAUAGACACACAGUGUGUCUUCUUGGCCUCUUUGUCUUAUGUGCAUUGCAAAGGAAGCCAAGAAGUUUUGAAGCUGGCUGGCUGGCUUUUACUCCCUCCCAAACUGCAUGAAUUAUGGGAUAUAUUUCAUGAGGUAAAUGCUGUCAUAAACAAGACAGCCACUGCCCUAGCAAGUAUGACAAGGAAUGGAAAGAAAGGAGAUGCAGCCUGACGGCCUGAAAGGGUAUUUACAAGAGAGGUGAAAAGAAGCAGAUUUCAUGUCAAGAAGGAAUUAUAUCUCUCCUCAGAAGUGGCAUUAUAUUGCACAUUACAAGUUUGAAUGAGAAACAUGGGCCACUGACUAGCUACAAAAGGCACAUUCCAGAAAGCCAUGUAGCAAUAAAAAAGAUUUUUAAAUAGUAUAGGGCAGAUGGCAGCAAGCUACUGCUCAGUCUUUUAUAGUUAGCUCUCUGUCAAGUGUGGAAGAUAAAAGCCUGUUGAAACUGCCAACCCAAGGUCCUAGAAAACAGUGGCCCUUACCCAAAUUAUUAUGACAAAUGUAUCUCCUUUGAAGCGGGGAGCAUGGCCGCACUUAGUUCCACAGAUACCUACUGAAUAGUACGAUAUCAACACAACAUGCCACAAAUCCGGCUGAUCCUAUUUACCACAGUGGCUAACCAUAUGCCUAUGGGAAUCCUACAAGCAAGAUAAAAAGGUAAUAGACCUCUCCUGCUGUUGUCCACAACAACUGGUAGUCAGAGGUGCACUGCUUUGGUAACAAAAGGUAACAAAAGGCUAUUGUGCCUAAUAGCCAUUAAUGACUUUACCCCUAUAGAAAUCAUAGAGUUGGAA